ACAAUUGAUUGCGUACAUUAAAACAUGUAUAAAACAAUUUACAUUGGAAUCAAUGUUAACACUAAGAACUAAAUUGUAGAAUGAUUUGUUUUACUUUAACUGUUGGCUUUCUAUUAGUAGCUUCGGCAAUUUCAGCUCCAUCCAGUGAUUGUGAGUGUGGAAUCGAAGGAUCUAAAUCAAGAAUCAGAAAUGGUAACAAAGUUAAAAAUCAUAAAUAUCCAUGGUUGACUCAUAUUAGAGGAUAUGAAGAUCGAGAAACUGGUAUCUUUUAUCAAUGUGGUGGUUCUCUGAUCGAUAAAAAGCAUAUUAUUACAGCAGCUCAUUGUUUCGAGAAAGAGGAUGGCACUUGGAUUGAACCUUCGGAAAUUGAUGUUUACCUUGGAAUGGUUAAAUCUUCUGAUGAUGAGGAGGAACCUUAUGAAGUGAAAAAACUAUGGAUUGAUCCCGAUUAUGAUACAAAGGAAUUAUCUCAUGAUUUUGCCAUAUUAACGCUUAAAAAAUCAGUUAAAUUUAAUCGUCAUGUUUCACCCAUUUGUUUACCCAAAUCUAACGAGGAUGUGACACAGUUUACGGUCGCUGGUUGGGGUAAAACAAGUGCUGAUCCAGACGAUGAAACCUCGGAAAAUUUGCUGGAAACUUCUGUCAAUCUUGUUCCAAAGGAAAAGUGUGAACAACAGUUGCUAGAUUAUCUGGUUAAAACUGGUGAAUUGGAAGCCGAAGCAGCUAAAAAUACAACCGUAGAAGUGGCUGAGACUCAUUUAUGUGCUAUCAACUUUGAAACUGGUGGUGAUGCUUGUUCAGGUGAUUCUGGUGGACCUUUGAUGUAUUUGGGUGAAGAUGGACGUUGGUAUUUAAAUGGUGUCGUUUCGGGUUCAUGGAUAGACUGUGGAGUUGAUAAGGAAGCUGCAGGUCUUUACACCAAAGUAAAUUAUUACCAGGAUUUGAUCAAGAAAAAAGCUCCAAAAGCUUGUUGGCUUUAAACACAAUUUUCAAUUUUUAUAAUUUAAAAUUGAUUUAAACAGCAAUUUAACCAAUUGUAAACAUCAGCCUGAUUUUCUCAAGUCGAUUUGAAUCUUGUUUAAGAAUAAAAUAAUAUCUCUGA